AUGGAUCAUCUGCUCAAGAAGAGUGUUGUCAGUCGUCGCUCGUUUACUUAUGGUUAUUAUGUCUCACCCGGAGACAAGUCAGCCCCAGAACGCCCGGCACUAAUUUUCAUUCAUGGCUGGCCGGAUUCUGCCUACUUGUGGAGCGAGAUAUCCAAGGGCCUUAGCGACCUCCCAAACAAGUUGGUAUUCAUUGACUGCUUGGGCUACGCUUCUACCGACAAACCCCAACAGACAAGUUCCUACUCCUUUCAAGGGCAAGCUGAUGAUGUUGUUGACAUCCUUCGAAAUGAAGAUGUGAAGUCUGCUAUUGUUGUCGGACACGACUGGGGCAGUGUAUUGGCACAACGAGUCUUCCUACACCAUCGUGAACUGUUCAUUGGUGUUGUGCUCGUGAAUGCUGGGUACAUGGUACCCACAGAUCAGCCAUUUGACCUCGAGGCAGUCAACAAGUUUACGAAGGGGGCAAUAGGCCACCCGCAGUUCGCAUAUUGGGACUUCUUCGUCAACGAAGAAGCUGCAUCUGUCAUGGACCCUAGGUUGGAGCGGGUGUGGCAGGUCCUUCACGGGCAUGGUGACGACUGGUUAAAAAGUAACUUUUGCACUCCAGGGGCUAUGCGCAUAUUUCUUGAGGGGAAAGAAGAUGUGCCGUUGAAGCCAUAUGCGCAGAACCCAAAGUGGCGAGAUCACUGGAUUGAGCAGUUCAAACAGGACGGAAUGGACUCAACAUUCUUCAUGUACAGGGCGAUGGUCACCGGUGUGCAGAGUCGAUCGGAUUUGGACCUUGUGAAGGGAAAUCUGGCCAUCGAUGUCCCUCUACUGUUUAUCUUCUGCUCCAAAGACACUCUUUGCCCCGCAUCAAUGAUGUCACAGGCAAAGCAGGAGAACUUGGUUCCCAAGCUCACAGAGGUCGAGGUCGAUGCUGCGCACUGGUCUCCCAUGGAGAAGCCUCAUGAAUUGGUUCGACACAUUAAGGAGUUUAUGAAGGAUGCUCUUUAG